CGUUUCCGCCUACCCCUCUCGCAGUCUCCCGCGUCCGUCUCGACUGUUCGAGCUUCUCAACCAACCGCUGUGCGUGCUUCCUAAGGUCAGCCUGGCCUGUCACUUCUCUGCCUCAGUCCCCGAGGGACGUCGCCCACAUGGCUACCUCUGUGAAUUUUAAAACCUAUGUGGAUCAAGCUUGCAGAGCUGCUGAAGAAUUUGCAAAUAUUUACUAUGAAACCAUGGAUAAAAGGAGACGGGUGUUGACCAAACUCUACCUGGACAAAGCGACCCUGGUUUGGAACGGGAAUGCAGUAUCUGGGCAAGCAGCACUUGCAGAAUUCUUUGAAAUGUUGCCUUCAAGUGAUUUUCAAGUUACUACAUUUGAUUGCCAGCCUGUUCAUGAGCAAGCCACUCAGAACCAUAACACCAUCCUUGUUGUGACAUGUGGAUCUGUCAAAUUUGAUGGGAGCAAGCAGCAGUACUUCAAUCAGAACUUCUUGCUAACAGCACAAACCACAAACAACAACACAGUGUGGAAGAUUGCGAGUGACUGCUUCCGCUUCCAGGACUACCCUAAUUAGUGGGGAGCAGCAGUUGGCUAUACGUCUUCUGGACAAGAUAAUUGGCUUUCAGGAUGGUCAUACUCUGGAUGUGAGAAAGUACCUCCUUUUUGAAAGAAACUUCCUCUUGCCAGGAAUUACCAACUUCAGAACAGCAAAAAUCAGACUUACUUAUUUAAGAAUGCUGUCUGUGGCUUCAGUAAAUCAACAUAGGAAAAUACUGUUAUGGUUUAUUUGCAUUGAUGACUCAUUCAUACAUAUUGUAUACAAGCACUAUCGGUCACAAGUUGUAUUUGUUUUGGUGAGAAAUUAAAAUAGCUGUAACAACAA